AUGAGUCAGGAGUUGCGUGCUGGUCCAUCAACUGCAGGAUAUGGCAUCGACGACAAUGAACCAGCGACGUCAGUCCAACCUCAGGCUCCCUGUCGCCGUACAAACCGACCUGGCGCUGGCACUGGAGGAAGAAAUUCUCAGCUAGAGAAGAUCGGGAAUGCUAUCCAGACUCCAGCCGGAGCACCUGGCAAAUCGAAGGUUCGGAAUGUUGUUGUUCCCGUUGAUGAGCCCGAAAAUGUGAUGGCUCCGCUAGUGACAAAGAAGAAGGGGAGAGGAAAAGUGGCACCUCGCCAGCUUGAGAGGAACUUGAGUGUAAUAGAGGCAUCCGAGUCAGGCCCCACUGCCAGAGGUCCCACACUUGCUCUACACAUCACGGACCAAGGAAGGUUUGGAUUUCAGGAUCGUCCAAUUCCCUCAGCAUAUGUCGGUUCCAAACCGCUCCAGUCCCAUCAAACAGAACUUCAGCCUGACUUGACGAUACCUCCUGCCCAGCCCUACGUCCGAGUCCAUGAUCGCAGUACCUCUCAGGGUGCUUCUCGCAGUACUUCUCGUGGCGCUUCUCGCAGCAUCUCUCAUGGCACCUCUCUUCGUGACACUCAGGCUGAUGGAAUCAGAAUUCCAGCCAUCCAGCAUCCCGUUGUUUCUCGUGACAUUCCUCAGUCUGUCAACACUCAUAUUGUUUCUCACAAAGUUCCUCGGUCUGUCAGCGACCAAUGCUCAGGCUCAUCUAUUCCCAUCAACUCUGCCGUUCAGCGUGAGCCAUCGACCACCAUAACACCCCAUCACACCGUUUCUCGUACUCCUCCUGCUUUUGGUUCCUCCACUAGCCAAAACAUGUUUGUUGAUGUAACUGAAGAAGGUAACGAAGAGGCGGAUCAUGAUGAAGAAGUGGACGUUGAAGAGGAUGACGUGUCUAACGAGGAUGGAGAUUUUGCAGGAGACGACAUCGAUAAUGACAAUAUGGACUAUGACUCGGAGCAGGAUGUUCACGGGAGUGAUGACAUCAUGCCAGACCCCUCAGACCACAAUAAUCAAACCUACCCUAGCAACAACCAAGUCAGACGCCCUGCGCAAGUACCUGAUCGAGGUGCAUAUUUGCAGGACGAGGAUUAUGACGACACGGGAGUGGCCGACAUGGACCGUGAUCAUCGGAACGAUCGCACCACUAGCAGGAAGGGUAGAGACCAGAACAUCAACGUAGCUCAGGCGCCAAUGCGAGCGAGCCUGCAGAGCACUAACCAACAAGCUCCGGGUCAUUCAGGCGCUCCAGCAGUAGUUCCUAAUAUUGAUUAUGAUGUCCUCCAGGCUCACCACACAAAAAACCGGCGGCCAUGUUCUCCAUCCCCAUCGUAUUUGAACAGCAUACGAAAUCGCCGCCCAAAGACUAAGCGUGCUCGCACGAGCAACUCCCUGUCAAGUGAUGACUCUGAUGACCAGCAGGACGACUUGGAAGAUCUUGAUGAGGUCAAGAAUACUGGGAAGCGCCGCCGCACCAAGAAAGUAAAGGGUACUGCUACUAAUCGCGAUGCAACUAAUGUUGGGUUCUACCCGCCACUCUGGCAAAAACUUCUUGACCAUGCAAAGGCUAAUUUCAGACUUCAUCUCGCUAUUUCCGUCCCGUUUCCCGACAAAGAGGAGUCCAUCGGUAAUACCGGAGUCUGUGGUGAAAUGAUUGCAGAAGCAAUUGUACAAUGGCAAGAGCAGAAACGCAAGCUUGAGAAAGGUUUCUACCCUGAGUUCAAACCGGGGAUGGCUACCGUGGUUUUCAAUGAUGCCGCGACAUUCCGCAGCAAGAUCAAGCAGAUCGUGCUUACCGUCGUUCCGAUGACAUAUGAUCUAGCACUCAGCGUCAGCGGGAACACAAUUGAUAGUGUCAAACUCAAGGCAACCGCUUUGCUAAAGAAAGCAAUGUAUUUGCACGGCCAUCCUGAUGCUGAGGGCCGUGCAUCUAACUUUGCGAAUCUCAUGGUCUGCAUCAUUUGCCAUAGGUCAUUUUAUGACAACGGUUCCAAAUCACUGAAGCAAUUCGCCGAAUUUCAGAAGAUCAUUCCGCCCCCAGCGCUCUUCCUCAUCAGGACUAUCAUUCGUAACGUGAUUUAUAUCUACAGCAAAUAUGGCCAGGUAAAUGGCACCAAGCAGACACCCAUCGAGGAUUCAGAGAUUGCCUAUGACCGCAUUUCGACGUUGUUCAACCGCACGAACAGAGAUGAGUAUCACGGACCGAAACUACAUCAAAUGCUCAAAGCUUGGGCAUUGGAAGGCAUGAACACACAUGGCGCUGGCCUUGGUACUAACGAAGGUGACGACAGCUGUUCUGAGUGGGACGUUGAUUUGGAUUAG